UCGCACCCCCGCCACCCCCCCAAUGCGUUGGAAAUAGAACGUUGGUUGGCUCCUUCAUUCCUCGUAUUGCUUAGAGGUGUUUAAUUCUGCUUAUCUUAGUUCUUCUUUGGCAUCGCCGCCACGUGGUUUAACGACGUCCUUAAGGCCUAUAUAAAACGACUAAGGCUUCCUGGACGGUCACGCCCUCCACGCAGGACUCAUUAUACCGAAGGAGGACUCAUUUUAUCGAAGGACUUAUAUUUUAAUAUCCUGCCUCGUCAACAUCACCAUCAUAAAUUUCCAAGAUGCCUGGAGAAGAACCAGUGACUGUUGAAGAUUCUGGAGUUAAGCCAGAAUUAGAGCAUGUUGAAGAUUCUGGAGUUAAGCCAGAAUUAGAGCAUGUUGAAGAUUCUGGAGUUAAGCCAGAAUUAGAGCAAUUGGCUGUAGAAGAACCAGAAACUCAAACAGAAUCUGCUGAAGUUGUAAAUGAAGAUCCACUUAUAGAGUCCUUGGGUGCCACAUCUGUUGAAGUAGAAGAUCCAGAGGUUCAGUCAGCCCUCUCACAAGUCUCAGAUCCUACAUUGGUUGACAUUGAUAAGCUUAUUGAAGGAGAGGUAGUUGUUCAUUCAGAGGAUACAGAAAAUAUGGCAGACACAAAGCACGCAAAAAAGAACAAAAAGAAGACAAAGGAAGCAGCUAUGGAUUCACUCCAGACUGCUAUGAAAGCUCUCUCACCAGAGGAACAAAUUGCUACUGUGAUGUCCAAGUAUUGUGAACUGGUUGAAAAUAAUCGUCAACUGCAGAGUACUGUCAAGCAAAUUCAGAAGCAGGUGGAGAAUGUGCAGCGGGAGAAGGAGUAUAUGGAAACAGAACAUUCAAAAGUUGUACUUACAAAAUCAAGAUUAGAGUCUCUUUGUCGAGAAUUACAAAAACAAAACAAGUUGAUUAAGGAUGAGAACGUUUCAAGAUUAAAAGAAGAAGAAGAGAGAAGAAAGGAAGUUGCAUUAAAAUUCAAUACUACCUUGUCAGAGAUAUCAAAUUUGAUGAAGGAAAAUAGUGAGAAGAAUACGAAACUACGUGAUGAAAAUCAAGAUAUGGCUGGUCGAUUGCAAGAUCUUGUAAAGCAGUACGAGUCUAGGGAAAAUCAUGUGGAGAAGGUAUUGAAAGCUAAAGACCUUCAGUGUCAACUAGUAGAGGCAAAGAUGGCAAAACAACACAUCGAAAUAACAGAAAAUAAAGAAAAAAUGCUUCUGGAGAAAAAGGCCCUCCUCGAGGAUAUAAGCAGUUACCAGGAAAAAUUGCAGACAAUGGCUGAAACUGAAAUUAGUCUUCGUACUCAACUAAAUUCAUAUAUGGAGAAAUAUGAAGAGUUUCAGACCACUCUAGAUAAAUCCAGCAAAAUUUUCAACACUUUCAAAAAAGAAAUGGAUGAGAUGACAAAGAAAAUCAAGAAGCUGGAGAAGGAGACGAAAACAUGGAAGGAAAGAUGGGAAGGUGCCAACAAAGCUUUGUUAGACAUGGUCGCUGAACGGUCAGUUUUGGAAAAGAAAAUGGAAGUGCAAGGAAGGCAAAAUGCCCAGUUGCAGAACCUUUGUCGUGCUCUUCAAGAACAGGUCACUGAGCUCAGGAAACAAAAUAAGUUAGCUGCAGUUGAACCCGAGGUAAAAUCUGAUAUUUUGAAUGAAGUAAUGUGUACUAAAGAAGCUUCGACAGAGACUGUAAAUGAGGUAUGUAGUAUCACAGAAACAUUUUCUGAAAAUCCAAAAGCAGAGACUUCUGAACUUCCAAAAGUAGAGACUUCUCCAUCAGUUGAAACACAAGAUACAGCAGGUAUCAACCAGGUUUCAGACGUAAAAAAUAUAACUAGUUCUAACUGUGUAGAGGUUAAUGGUGAUAACUUGUCAAUUAAUACUAGUGAUACUGAAGAAGCUGUAGAAAAAGUUACAGACUACCUGGAUAUAGACUGAGUUGUGUAAGUAUUAAUAAUUGUAGUACUUUCAAGACAACGUUUUUCGGUGCUUUGUCUGUUACAAAGUAUCUGAAAGAUUGAGUGUUUCAUUUUUUAUAUACAAUAUAAUCAGGUGUCUUAAAUGUGCUUUUUGUACAUGGUUACCCAUGAAACCUGAGAAUUUUCUCAAGUUUCUUAUGCAUACUUUUGUAAUGCAACUUUUGUAUGUAUGCAUCCUUGUAUAAUUUCAAGAUCUUAUUUCUAGUAAUCACUCUUUUCUCCCAAAGGUUAUUAACUCCACAUUAAUCUUCUAGUCAGUUUUGGUUGUAGGUUUGAAAUGACACUAGUGAAUGAUUAAGAAUUGUAAAUGAAAAGGCAGCUCUUUGUUUAUAGACUUUGUUCUCCCAAGUAUUUUGAGACUUUCAUUUUGGUUGAGAUAACAGAAUUUCUUGUCAUCCUCAAGUUAAGGUGAGAUCAAAUUGGUGAGAGUUGCAUGGUCAGUUCUAUUAUUUUGAAAAGUGCAAAAUCUUGUACUUAUUACUAUGCUAUGGUGUGCCUUUCCCUAUUUGAGCAAAUAACAUACAUACUGUAUAUGGAGCAGAGUAAAGAAUUAAAUGUGAAAGGCUAAAUGUAAGGCAACAUAUUUACUUUAGGUUUCGAAGGGAAAGCUGAGCAGUUGUAUCAGUUAAAUAGUCAACAAUAUUAUCAUUGUUAAAGUGAAAGUCUUACUUUUAUUUCUUAUUUUCAGUAAUAAACUAGGUAUAAUGACAUGGCUACUUUAUUUGGCAAACUAGUUUUCAAAAGUCUCGUCCUUUGUUGGUAUUACUAUAAUAGCCUUUCCAGGAAUUAUGUUUUGUGCACAGUGCGAUUCAUUUAUUUAUAUCUUCAGAAAACAUCUACAACACAUUUCUUUUGCAAUAGGAAGUAAACUUACAUUAAUCAGCAAUUUAGUGUACAAUUUGGCAGUUUUUGUGCAUAUGUUAAACUUUGUUGUAAACUUGUGCUGAAGCAUUUAUUUAGGAGGAUGGUGUAAUGACUAGUGCACAGAGUAGCUGUUGUUCAGGGAACCUCAAUUUAGUUAAAUAGUUUCUCCAAGUCAUGCAGAUGGUUUUGCUGAAAUCCUCAUAUAAGUGAAUGAAGUUUGAUCGUAUUAGGAUACGAAAAAUUGACUUUUAUAUAAGGAGUGUCUAUCGGCUGAAGCUGGAAUGGCUGUUGAAUUUGUUACAAAGUAGUUUAGUGGGAUUCUGUGCUUUAACCCAUUUAACCAGUUCUUCCUUGUGCAAUCACAUUGAUGCUCAACCAUAUUUUCAAAUUGACCUUGGCUGCUGCUCUUGGCUUGAGACGGUCGUGAACUAGUCGGAGUUCAGUUCAGUUGGUCUUGAACUGCUUGCUCACCUUUGCAGAGGCACUUGGCCAUAAGUCAGUCUUCAGUUCAAAACCUUGGACUUCUGUAUUAGUUGGGUUAUCCAUUCCUGACCGGCCAUGUGGGACUUAUGUUUCUUCAUGUUCACACUGAUGAAUGCUCCUAAUAUAGAAGGCUAUGUUUUGCAUUUCUAGGAAACAUUUAAACUGCUUUAAAAACAGAUUUUGUAAAAUUUUUAAUCUCCAAUCUUUUAACUUGUGAAAAAGAAAUUUUUUUUUUUUUAUCACACAAAAAGUUUGUAAGGUUGCCUAUGAACACCACAAUGUAAGGCCAGCAUAUAUUUUUCAGACAAUUUAAAUUCAUAUUUAUAUCACAGAAGUUUUGUAUUUCAAGCAUAUUCUUGUUAUGCAAUGUUUUUUUUUUUUAUAGAUGUAGUUCACAACUCUUGGUUAUAAAGGUUGCACAUCUUGUAGAGUACAUGGGUAUUGGAACUGCAUGUAAUCACUUGUAUUUUGGAUUUAUUUCUUAUUGUACUUAAUUGUGAAGGUCACAGAAUAUCGUGAGAUUAUCCUCUAGUACUUGUAUUAUAAAAGCAGGAAACAAUGCAAGUCCAGUCAAAAGAUUAAAUGUAUAUUUUUUAUGAUAAAAGUGGCUAAGGUGUUAUGUUGUUGGAGUUUUUCUUUAGAUUGAAAAGCACAAAGUAUUGCAUUGUGCCUUGAAUGUUGAUAAAGAAGUAUAAUUAAAAUACUUCAGUAAAACCAAUAGUGGAGUGCUGCCCAUCAGAUAUUAAAUGUGCUGUGUAUAUAUUCAUUGGCAUUCAGUUACUUGGUCUAUAAAACAUUUUCAAUAAAAA